AUGGUCGGUGGACAAAUGGGUGGUCGAACGCUCCUGGCUUGUGGAAGCAACCCUGAGGACCGUACUUUAGUUGAGAGUGCAGCUGCAACACUGAGCCUGAAAAGCCAAAUGGAGUCGUUGCAUAUCGGUGGACAAAUACCAGGUUCAGUACUUGGUGCUCCUCCGCCUUACCAGAGAGCAGGGUCCUUACUGGAGAAACCGGUCUAUGCAGUGACGACGAAGCACGCUCCAGUUGGCGAGUCAGCGUCAAACACUUCCAGCAGAAGAUUCGCCAUCUUUCCUUGA